AUGAAGAAUUUAGAUGAUGCUUCAGUUCAGGAGAACAAGGACAAAGAUAGACCAUUAUUUCCUCCUCCUACUGCUACUGCUCAGUUGCCUUGGACUUUCACUGCCUACGUAUUUGGGGAUUGUUUUGUCCCUCAUUUUCCUUUCCUCGUCUCUAUUUCUGAUGUCAGGUACAUGGACCUGGAAAUGGUGGAAUUUAAGUUCCACGAUGCAUUGAUUGCUUCCAUUAGCCAAAUCAUGAUGAAGAGCAAUGGAAAGGGUAUUAUGAUAGUUGACAAUUUGGACAAAAAUCCAUCAUGCGAAACACUUUAUGGAGACAGUCUAAGGCUUCAACAAGUCCUGGCUAAUUUCUUGUUAAUGUCUCUUCAUUUACACCGAGUGGAGGCCAGCUUUGUGUUGCAGCCAACUUGA